AUUUCACACAGCUGAUUGUCAUUAUUCUUCUUCUUAUCACGGCUGCACGAGCGAGAACAAAUAUUGAAAAAUGUUCGUUCGUCAAUCUUUACGAAAACUGCCACAGUUGACACAACGUCAUACAGGAACAGCAGCGUCGGCCACCAAUAUAGAUGAAAUACAAAAUUCGCUUAGAGCCACAUUAGUGCCAACUGAUUACCGCACCAAUGAAGCAAAUACCUCAUCGCAUUCAAAUAUUCAUGAUGCCAAAUUCUACACCAUACCGGCUGAAGUGAAGAAACAAUUGUUUGGCGGUGGUGGUUUGCCCAAAAAGUUCGAAGCCCAAGUGAAAACAUUUACUGAGGCUUGUCUGAUGGUUAGACAGCCGGCAAUGGAAGUUAUUAAUUAUAUACAAAAUACUGAUUUCACCAAACCAGUGGUACGCUAUGUGCUUUAUGGUGAGAGUGGUGUGGGCAAAUCUCUGACCAUGGCUCAUGUUAUACACUAUGGCCAUCAAAAUGGUUUUUUGCUGGUACAUGUACCCUGGGCUCCCAAUUGGAUGAAGAGGCCCAAGGAAACGGCAAAUGCUGCUCAGGAAGGAUUCAUAGAUUUACCUUUCGAUGCGGCAGCAUGGUUGUUGCACUUUAAAAAUCAAAAUGCUAAAUUAUUGCAGUCAUUGGAUUUAAAAACCACCCAGGAAUAUGUUUGGUCUAAACGUGAAUCAACACCUGCUGGCAGCAGUCUAUCGGAAUUGGUAGAACAUGGCAUUACACGCAUUAAAUUCGCUACGGAAACCAUAGCAGCUCUGCUGGGCGAAAUUAAACAACAUGCCACCAAUAACAAAUGUAAAGUUAUGGUUGCUAUUGAUGGUUACAAUGCCUUCUUCCAUCACAAUACCCGCAUUGUGGCUGAUAAUAAGCAAAAGGUUAAACCAGAUCGUAUUACUCUUACCCAACCCUUCCUCGAUAUCACCAAUUACAAUUGGACCAAUGGUGUUUGUGUUUUGAGUGUAGACAAGAUUGCCAUGACUGAAGGUUACAUGGAUUCUUACUUGCCCCGUUAUCUGUUGGGCCGCAAAGGAUUCGAACAUUUAGAUCCCUUCGUCCCAAUACACAUUGAGGGUUAUAAUGACAAGGAAUUCCAUAGUUGCAUACAAUAUUAUUUGGAUCGUCAUUGGAUUCAAAAGACCCCCGAAGGAUUUGAGGAUCAAUUGAAAUUUUUGAGUAAUAAAAACCCCUAUGAAUUAAUGCAAUUAACGAGAGCUUUGUAAGGAUAAACAUAAAAAUAACUAGUGAUUUAAAUUGUUAAUAAUAAUUGGCUACAAAGUUUGUUAAAUUGUUAUGAAGAA